AAUUUAUAUAUAAAAUCCAUUUAAAAAUGAACUACGAAGAUGAUAAUGUUGAAACCCAAUCAGUUGGUAAAUCAGAUGCUGAAUAUAAAAGUGAUAUCUCCAACAGAGAAAAAGAAGUCACCAAAGCUUUAAAUAUGGGUAAACCACAAGAUGCCUUAGCUGUUGCUUUAGCUGACCCACCAAUUUACACCAAAACUGCUGCCAUCAAGGAUCAAAACGCCACUAUUGUUUUAAAUCUUUUAGGUAGUUUCAAAGAAAAAGAUGUUGAAACUUCAGUUGAAUCACUCAAUGAUGAACAACUCGAUGUUUUAAUGAAAUACGUCUACCGUGGUCUUGCUGUUGGUGAAAACUCUGCAAUCUUUUUCAAAUGGCACGAAUGUGUCCUCAAAAAGGGUGGUAUGGGUACCAUUAUUCGUGUCAUCUCUGAAAAGAAGACUGUUUAAAUUUAAUUCUGUUGUAUCCUAAAAAAAAAAAUAUAAUUUAUAAUUUUUCUCAUAAUAAUAACUUAAUCUAUUUAUUAUAACAAAAAAAAAAAAAAAACUAAAAAAACAAGAAAAUAAAUUAAAAUAAAAUAAACAAUAAU